GACAGGACGCUUGUCAAACUCCACUUCCGACAGCUAACACGCUUCCUCUUUCUGGUAAGCUAGCUCUGCUGAACAGACGUGUAUUUUAUUUGCUGUGCGCGUUUCGUGUCGAUUCGACUUAAAAUUUCCCAAAAUGCGUUACGUAGCGGCAUAUCUUCUGGCGGUGCUGGGCGGCAACGAGUCUCCCUCGAACGCUGACAUCGAAAAGAUCCUCAGCUCGGUCGGCAUUGAGGCCGAUUCCGCACGCGUCACCAAGAUCGUGAACGAGCUGAAGGGCAAAUCGAUCGAGGAGCUGAUUGCUUCGGGUCGCGAAAAGCUGUCCUCGAUGCCGGCUGGCGGUGGUGCCCCGUCCGGUGCUCCAGCUGCCGCCGGUGGUGGUGCCGCUGCUGCUCCAGCCGCCGAGAAGAAGGAGGAAAAGAAGGAGGAAUCCGAAUCCGAGGAUGACGACAUGGGAUUCGGACUUUUCGAAUAAAAGGUUAUUUCAACGUCACUCCUACACGCUAUAUCAUAUCGAUAUAGAAUUCAACAAACUGGGAUUUUUAACAUCAUCGACAUGGCUACGAUGGUGGUCUAGCAGGGGUUGGAGGAGUACAAACAGCAGUGGCUGAGGAAUAAACUUCUAUUUCGAAAACACA